CUUUUGACGGCCAACCUAUGCUACUGCGACCGGCCUGCCGUCUGAGGCCAUCAGCAGGACGCAAGUAUGUCCAUGCAGGCCGGCCACCGCCAGAUCCAAGCAAGACGCGCUCUGGACAACUCCUCGCGCAGAGUAUAGGUCAGACCGCCCAGUCGCAACGGUGGCUCAUCUACGCCGGUCUCUUUGCUUCUGGCUACUUUCUCUCCUCCCUCUACCCGGCGCCACAACCUAGACUGCUCGCCAUACUCUUCCCGCGCGAUGCGCCGGCAUCGCCGAGCGAUGAGUCGCCCGAAGGAAAGCGACACGUCGAGAUGAUUGAGCAACAGCUACAAGAUCUGCCAAUCAUCCGGCAAUUGCGCUCAGAGACGACUGCCAAGCAAGGCGAGGCAAUGUAUAGAGAGAGCAGACCGCAUCUACGCUUUCCUGAAGCGAAAAGGAUCCAUUCGCUCACGAGUGGAACGCUCCGUGGUCCUGGGAAACUCGCCGUGGCACCCAUUGUGUUCAGUACGGCAGACAACAAGCAAUCUGUCAUGGUCGUUCAUGUUGGGAGAAGUCUGUGCGGGCAUGACGGAAUCGUUCAUGGGGGAUUGCUGGCCACCCUCAUGGAUGAAUCCAUCGCGAGACCGGCCAUCCUCGCUUUACCUAGCAAGCUGGGCGUCACUGCCAAUCUGACCAUCAACUAUCGAAGUCCCGUCUUUGCAGAUCAAUUCGUCGUCGUCAGAGUCAACUCGGACAAGAUAGACGGGCGCAAGUCUUGGGCCAGCGGCAGCAUAGAGGAUCUCAACGGCAAGCGGCUCGUCGAUGCAGAAGCCCUGUUCAUCGAGCCUCGUAUGGCCAAGUUUCUGUCCAAUUCUGCUGUACGAGAGAUUCUCGAAGCAUGAAGAAGCUCGCGCCAUUCGCGCUUCGCCUCGGGAUGUAGCAGAUAGGCUCAGACUAUUGAGCUACAUCUGGUGUUGGACUGAGCAUCCGCGUCCUUCACCACUGCGCGCGCUGGGCGUCACGCCAAUAGGCAACAGGCUCGAGAUGAGACGGAUCCAGGGUCUGCCCACGACGGUGUCCCGUGAGUAUCCCCAAGAAGCUCUGGACGGCCACUGAAGCUGCGGUGAAGGACCCACCGAGGCAGAUCUCGCCAAUGCCGUAGGCGCACUGACGAACCCCAAAGAGACACCGCUCUGUAUCUGUAC